CGGCGGGCGGGCGCGGGGCCGCGCUCCGGCUCCGGCUCCAGGCGCGGCCAUGAGGCGGCUGUAGGGCCCCGGGACCCGCCGCCGCUCCGCUGCCUUCGGCCGCCGCGGGGUGGGGUGGGGGGGGGGCGCGGCUCUGCUCGGGGUGGAUGCCGGCCGGGGCCGGCCGCUCCCGGCACCAUGCACACCGUGCAGAAGGACACCACCUUCACCAAGAUCUUCGUCGGGGGGCUGCCCUACCACACCACCGACUCCUCCCUCAGGAAGUACUUCGAGGUCUUCGGGGACAUCGAGGAGGCGGUGGUGAUCACGGACCGGCAGACCGGCAAAUCCCGAGGAUACGGCUUUGUGACCAUGGCAGACCGAGCUGCUGCUGAAAGAGCCUGCAAAGACCCAAACCCCAUCAUUGACGGCAGGAAAGCAAAUGUGAACCUGGCGUAUUUGGGAGCAAAACCAAGGAGUAUUCAAACUGGUUUUACCAUAGGUGUGCAGCAGCUACAUCCAGCCUUCAUUCAGAGACCCUUUGGACUCACGCCUCACUAUGUUUACCCCCAAGCCAUCAUCCAGCCCAGCGUGGUGAUCCCUACCCCCGUGCAGUCCAUCACGUCUCCCUACAUCGACUACACCGCCGCCAGCCAAGCCUAUUCCCAGUACACCACAGCUGCCUACGACCAGUACCCCUACGCUGCCUCCCCCGCCGCCGGCUUCGUGGGAUACGGCUACACGGGCACGGUGCAGCCGCCCAUCACCGCCAGCAACCCCGCGGCGCCCGCCACCGCCUUCGUGCAGUACCAGCCGCAGCAGCUGCAGCCCGACCGCAUGCAGUGAGGGCUUCCCCGGACAAUCUCUCACCGCCAGCAAGGAUACGACUAGGACAGCGAAACGACAGAAAAAAAAAAAACAAAAAACAAUAAAAAGAAACAAAGCAAACAAAAAAAAAAAAAUCACCCCCGUCCCUUUAUCCCUCCUUACGUAGGUGCAUAUCGAUACCUAAGCUAUUUAUAGUGUUGAGGGCGAACCCAAAUCCUCGCGGUCUGAUUGCGCUUAUGAAAGUGGACUUCUGGUAAGUUGUUGGGGUUUUUUUUUUUUCCUCCCCUCCCUUUUUUUUUUUUUUUUAUUUUAUUUCAACCUGGACAGAUACUGUCUUGAAGAUGUUCUAAGAGCGGCUGAAAUGUUUCACAGGAAAACUACAGAUUCUUGCACACAUCGCGGUCUGCUUCCAUCACCCGUGGUCUUCUUUCUGCCCCCCACUCCUUCCUUCCUCAUCCAGCCUACAAUCCUCUUAUUUACUGGUGAGGUACAGAGGUACUCGGAGAACAUGGAAAAAAAAGCAAUCUUAUUUUUUUUGGUUGUACAAAAACUUUGUAAUACUCAGAGAUGCCUUACAGGAAAAAAAAAAAAAAAAAAGCAAAAGAAAAACUAUUUUUUAAUAUUUAUUGCGAUUUUAUUCGCAUGAGCUGUGAAUUGCAGACAGAAGAAUAGUAGUAAGUAUCUGCCUUGUUUAAUUCUCAUUUUACUAAAUUAUUGUAUGUAGGUAAAAGUUCUUAAGUAAUUGCUGAAUCACUUCAACAUGCAAAAGGGAAUAUUGGCUUGAAGGAGAGCGGAAUAUUCCUUUAGUCAACGCACUGUACUAUUUUCUUAUUGUAAUUGUUACUCUGUUAAGAUUAUCUCAAAUUUAGGUAUAUUUUUAAAUGCAAAAAACCAACCAAGAAUACUGAACACUUUGUCUACUUUGGUAGAUCUUUUGUUACAAUGCUGCAACCUAUGGAGACAUUUACAGUAUUUAUGUAAAAGAGAUCUGGGGCUGUUGGCCAGCAAGGUUUAGGAGAAUAUCAUGAGUGGAGCGAUAGAGAAAAAGGUGUUAUGUCACUGAACAAAUGGGUAAAUGUAACCUUUUUAUGCCUGUAAUCCAACAGCCAAAUAAAGGAAGAGAGCAGGCGAUGUAAGUGCAUUUCUACAAAGACAGCAAUAAACUAUUUUAACUUUUAAAAUUA